UCCGCUCUCCGUCACUUCCGGCCGCGGAGGUAGCGGUUGCGGCCGUCCCAGCUGCACAGAAGCGCGCGGCCCCGGGGUCUGCGGUCGCCAUGAACUUCUCCGAGGUGUUCAAGCUCUCCAACCUGCUCUGCAAGUUCUCCCCGGAUGGCAAAUACCUGGCUUCUUGUGUGCAGUACCGGUUAGUGGUCCGCGAUGUGAACACCCUUCAGAUCCUUCAGCUGUACACAUGCCUGGACCAGAUCCAGCACAUCGAGUGGUCGGCGGACUCCCUGUUUAUCCUGUGUGCCAUGUACAAGCGGGGGCUGGUGCAGGUGUGGUCCUUGGAGCAGCCGGAAUGGCACUGCAGAAUCGACGAGGGCUCGGCCGGGCUGGUGGCCUCAUGCUGGAGCCCCGACGGGCGCCACAUUCUCAAUACCACUGAGUUCCAUCUGCGGAUAACUGUCUGGUCCUUGUGCACAAAAUCUGUGUCCUACAUCAAAUAUCCUAAGGCCUGUCAGCAGGCAGGCCCUUCUCUCACAGGGAUCACCUUCACCAGGGAUGGCCGCUACAUGGCGCUGGCAGAGCGGCGCGACUGCAAGGAUCAUGUGAGCGUCUUUGUCUGCAGCGACUGGCAGCUCCUGCGGCACUUCGAUACGGAGACCCAGGACCUCGCAGGGAUUGAGUGGGCCCCCAACGGCUGUGUGCUGGCAGUGUGGGACACCUGUCUGGAGUACAAGGUCCUGCUUUACUCCUUGGAUGGCCGGCUCCUGUCUGCGUACUGUGCCUACGAGUGGUCCCUGGGUGUCAAGUCAGUGGCCUGGAGCCCCAGCAGUCAAUUCCUAGCGGUUGGAAGCUAUGACGGGAAGGUGCGCAUUCUUAAUCACGUGACUUGGAAAAUGAUCACAGAGUUUGGGCAUCCAGCAACCGUCAAUAAUCCCAAAAUAGUUGUGUAUAAGGAAGCUGAGAAGAAUCCACGGCUGGCCCUGGGCCGCCUUGCCUUCCCCCCACCCAGAGCAGCGCCUGGCCCAUCCUCCACCACCGAGAGCAAAUAUGAGAUCGCCUCGGUGCCAGUUUCCUUACAGACUUUGAAGCCGGUUGCUGACCGAGCAAACCCGAAAAUUGGAGUGGGAGCACUGGCCUUCAGUCCAGACAACUACUUCUUGGCGACAAAAAAUGACAGCAUCCCGAACGCCGUGUGGAUCUGGGACAUACAAAAGCUGAAACUCUUCGUGGUCCUGGAGCAGCUGUCCCCAGUGCGUGCCUUCCAGUGGGACCCGCAGCAGCCCCGGCUGGCCAUCUGCACGGGAGGCAGCAGGGUGUACCUGUGGUCGCCGGCGGGCUGCGUGUCAGUGCAGGUGCCCGGGGAAGGUGACUUUCAGGUGCUUUCUCUGUGCUGGCAUUUAAACGGAGACUCAUUGGCCCUCCUCAGUAAGGAUCACUUCUGUCUGUGUUUCCUGGAGACUGAGGAGAGGGUUGGCACCACCUUCGGACGGCCAGGUGACCACACGUAGGACCCAUACGUAUCCAGGCCUGGGUGUGAACAGAGGGAAACACCCCCCGGCACCUGCCGGCUGCAGAGUCGGGACCAGAUUUCUCUGGGGAGCUGCUGCAGCUAGUGGCCCAGAUGAAAGGACUCGCUUUUAUUUUUCUAUAGCAUUUUUGUAAAUAUGUAUGGUAUGAAAUGAAUUUUUAUUUAAAAUAAAUAUUUGGUAAUUCACAAAA